AUGCCACGAAGAGGAAAAAUGCGUGAAGUGAUAAGUUUACAUGUUGGACAAGCUGGUGUACAAAUUGGUAAUGCAUGUUGGGAAUUGUAUUGUUUGGAACAUGGUGUUCAACCGGAUGGAAUGUUACCAUCUGAUGAAAGUUUUGGUAUUGAAGAUAGUUCCUAUAAUACAUUCUUCAGUGAAACACAAGCUGGUAAACAUGUUCCACGAGCAAUAUUCAUUGAUCUAGAACCUACUGUUGUUGAUGAAGUACGCACUGGAACUUAUAAAACACUUUUUCAUCCGGAACAGCUCAUUUCCGGUAAAGAGGAUGCAGCAAAUAAUUAUGCUCGUGGACAUUAUACUAUCGGCAAAGAAUUAAUUGAUGUUUGCAUGGAUCGAAUUCGAAAACUAACAGAACGAUGUGAUGGCUUACAAGGAUUUCUGAUAUUUCAUUCCUUUGGUGGUGGUACAGGUAGUGGAUUUACAUCAUUAAUGAUGGAACGAUUAUCUGUUGAUUAUGGCAAAAAAGCAAAGCUUGAAUUUAGCAUCUAUCCAGCACCACAAAUAAGCACAGCAAUGGUUGAGCCUUACAAUUCAAUUUUAACCACACAUACUACUUUGGAACAUUCGGAUUGCUCUUUCUUGGUUGAUAAUGAAGCUAUUUAUGACAUUUGCCGAAAAAAUCUUGAUAUCAAAAGUCCAACUUAUACUAAUCUCAAUCGAUUGAUCGCACAAAUUGUAAGCUCAAUAACAGCAUCACUACGUUUUGAUGGUGCAUUAAAUGUGGAUUUAACUGAAUUUCAAACUAAUUUAGUACCAUAUCCACGAAUUCACUUUCCACUUGCUACUUAUUCACCAAUUAUUUCAGCUGAGAAAGCUUUUCAUGAGCAAUUAUCCGUUUCGGAGAUCACUAAUAAAUGUUUUGAACCAGGUAGUCAAAUGGUCAAAUGUGACCCACGAAAUGGCAAAUAUAUGGCAUGCUGUUUGCUAUAUCGUGGUGAUGUAGUGCCAAAAGAUGUAAAUUCAGCUAUUGCAGUAAUUAAGACAAAACGUACCAUUCAAUUUGUUGAUUGGUGCCCAACAGGUUUUAAAGUUGGAAUUAACUAUCAACCACCAACUGUGGUACCUGGCGGUGAUUUAGCUAAACUUCAGCGCGCAGUUUGCAUGCUUUCCAAUACAACAGCUAUUGCUGAAGCAUGGGCUAGACUUGAUCAUAAAUUCGAUUUAAUGUAUGCUAAACGAGCUUUCGUACAUUGGUAUGUUGGUGAAGGAAUGGAAGAAGGUGAAUUUUCUGAAGCACGUGAAGAUAUGGCUGCACUUGAGAAGGACUAUGAGGAAGUUGGCACUGAUUCAUUUGAUCCUGCAGAAGAUGAAUAUUAA